CUGGUAACCUAGUAACGGACGACACCAUGUUCGGGGCCUGAAAAAGCCGACGUUGGGUCUGUGCUUUGACGUCUUGAUAUGAAUAUUAUAAAAGGAGAACUGGAUUUCGAUUGCAAGGCUGCAGUCUCUAAAUCUCGUCCCGGAAGUCGUAUUUCAAGUUCACGUUAUGAAGAUAAACCGAGAAUAAAUCCUGUUACUGGAUCUUUGGAAGUAUUAACUCCUGAGCUGGUGUCCCAGAUGCAAUUUUGUGAAAUGAAAGUAUCAUCAGAUGAUGGACGAGGGACUCCUGGAGAAGAUAGACAAGAGGACCUUCAUGGAGAAAAAAUGCCUCAAAGAAAAGAAUACGUAGAGAACUCUGAUGAAAAUAUUUCAGAAAAUAAUACAAAUGGAGAUGAUUUUGAGGACAUUUUUCAACUUCCAUUCUCUCCUGUGGAUAUAACAGAUAUUAGUAGACCCUCUAUCGAAGCACAAGAUAUCCAGGAUCUCAGGGAAUCUGAGUCCCCAUCAUCAACCACUUUUGAUUCCACAUCACCACAAGAUAUCAAGAAAGACCCAAACCUGGAUAAAGCCAUGGAGAAGAUGAAAUCACUUGAUGAAAUCUUACAAAGAAAGAUUGCCAAGGAAAAGGAGGUGAAAGCUCAAGGCCGAGAAAUGAGACAGCGACUUUGGGAAGAGCUACAGCUUGUAUCAAAACACAUAUCUGUGCAAAGCAAUGAAGAGAUUCUAAACACAAACAAGUUUUUCGCAUUGACUCCACAACUGAAUGAAGAAGAAUCAGACGCAGUCAGCCACCAGAUGGAGGAAGCAUUUGAAUCUGUGUUUUCAACUCAAAUUCCUAGUGAAGAUUUUGAUGAUUUUGAAGAGACCAUACAAGAUGAAGUGUCUGACAUCAAAGCAAGUGACACAUUUACCAUUGAAACAAGUCAUGAAACAAAUGAAAAGAAAACUCACAGCCAUAAGAAGGGAACAAAUUUUAUUCAAAGAAAUAUAGAGUUAGCAAAGGAAGCUGGGUCCAGUUUACUUCUUAUGGAAGACGAGCAGUUACGUUUGGAGCAACUUCUUGCAGAUAUUGACAAUGACUGCGAUGAGGAAGACACUACAGGAAAUAUGUCCAUGUACCUAGUACCUAGAGAAGGCUUCACAGCAGAUUCCGAAGAAUGUAAGCAUCUUUCAAUAAUAGAGACUGAGCUACUGAAGUUCCACUACGUUGAAGAGCCCUGCGAGUCCAGUGAACAUGAAUUUUCAACGAUCAAGAAUGCAAAUGUGGAACCAGCACCUGGGGAAAAAGUUUUAAAUGACACAAAAAUGUUAAGAGAACAGAAAUUACGACUAAGAGAAAUAGAUCACCAGAUUAAGGAAAUACAAAGAAACAUUAGUUCAUUGUCAGCUCCGUCAUCUGUAUGUGGUGAAUAGUUUUAUAAUUUUGUUAAUUUCAUGUUAAUCAUUUAGUUUCGAUACACAUUUUAUUCUGUUAUAUGUUUUAUUUUGUGGUUUAUCUUUUAAU